AUGGUUGCAUCAGAAUCAUAUUUACCUAAUGAUUGUUGGGAAUGUGUCUUCAAAUUCCUCGACAACGGAAACUACAACAACAAUUACUUAAAGCCUCUCUCCCUCGUCUCUAAACAGUUUCUCUCUAUCACCAAUAGUCUUCGAUCCACUCUAGCUAUAUUUGAACGUAAUCCAACAAUCCUCUUCCAUAGAUUCUCCAACGUCACUUGUCUCGACCUCAAGUUUUACUCCAGUGACCUCGACAUUCUUCUCCAUGAAAUCUCUCGUUUUCCAUUGAAACUCACAUCACUCAAACUCUUCAACGGACGCACCAUUCCUGCAAGUGGGUUACGAGCUUUCUCCCAAAAUAUUACAACUUUAACCUCUCUUAAAUGUUACAGAUUUGAUUCUCUCCGUAGCAGUGACCUGUUCCUCAUCUCCGAUUGUUUCCCUUUACUUGAAGAACUCGACCUUGGACUCGGUAAACCUGCACAGUUCAACAAUGAUCAAUGCCUUUUCCACUUGUUCAAAAAUUGUAAGCUUCUCAAGGAGGCCAAAAUAUCUAAUUGUAUUUUGGUGGGUUCUAAUGCUUUGAUAGAUUUUGGUGUAAGGCCUCAAUUAAAGUCUCUUGAAUUGGAUUGUUGUUCAUGGUUAAGAGAUGAAAGAAUAAUAAUGUUUGCUUCCUUUUUUCCCAAUUUGCAACGGCUUGAUUUGAGUAAUUGCAAUGGCAUAUCUGACGAAGGUAUUUGUCGAGUUUUAAGGAGAUGUUGUAAGAUUAGAUAUUUGAACUUAGCCUCCUGUUCAAGAGUGAAGCUGCAUCGAAUGAAUUUUGAAUUUCCCACAUUGGAAGUGUUGAACUUGUCGUAUACAAAAGUUGAUGAUAUAACACUCUAUGUAAUCUCAAAGUGUUGUCGUGGACUUUUGAAACUGUUACUGGAAGAUUGUUAUUAUGUCACAGAGAAAGGAGUGAAACUUGUGGUAAAAAACUGCACACAACUUCGAGAGAUCAAUUUUGAAUAUUGUCGUAAUGUGAAAUCUAGUGUUGUAGAAUCGACGAGCCCAUCAUUGAAAAAGUUAACUGAUCAAGUUUUAGAUAUGAAACUCGUCUAG